AUGUUUUUCAGGACUCUGCAGUUAUCAACAAGAAGGCCUCAUCAACUUCAGUCAAAAAAUGAUUAUAGUUUUGAAAAUGUUGAAAAUGAUACCGCAAGUUUGUCGACCUUGGGGCAAAAAUUUCUGCAAGGAGAUUACAAUCGUUUUAAACUGCAACACUUCCUUCAUUUCGUUAUCUACAUUGCCAAAGCAACGCUCAUUCAAAAUAAUGUUUUCGGUUAUAUCCUAAGAGCUCAUAAAAUUCCUUCAUUAAUUUAUUACAGAUAUCUAAGAAACAUCAAUUUUGAAGAAACAGAUGAAAAAACUAUUAACAAGUUGAAAAAUGAUAUAAAAACAGAAACCAUAGGUUUUAAAGAAAUCGAUUUGAUUGAAAACAACACUAGCGUAAAAUGUGUGACAAAAAAGUUAACCAAUAACGACCAAUCAUCUUUUUUCUCUUCACUGGUCGGUUUUUUACCAAUUUUGAGAGCGAAAAGAUUAAUAAAGUCCAAAUUUCCUGCCGCACCUAAGCCAGCUAAGUUUCCAAAAGCUCAACCAAAGAAACCAAAUGUCCCACCACGAAAACCAAAUUUUCCUCCGCGGAAACCUAACGUUCCACCACGGAAACCAAAUGCUCCACGAGGAAAGCCUAACGUUCCACCAAAUAAACCAAAUGUCCCACCAGGAAAGCCAAAUGUCCCACCAAAUAAACCAAAUGCCCCACGAGGAAAGCCUAACGUCCCACCAAAUAAACCGAAUGCCCCGCCAGGAAAACCUAACGUUCCUCCACAAAAACCAAAUGCCCCACCAGGAAAGCCAAAUGUCCCACCAAAUAAACCGAAUGCCCCGCCAGGAAAACCUAACGUUCCACCACGAAAACCAAAUGCCCCACCAGGAAAGCCAAAUGUCCCACCAAAUAAACCAAAUGCCCCACCAAAAAAGCCAAAUGUCCCACCAAAUAAACCGAAUGCUCCGUCAGGAAAACCUAACGUUCCACCAAAUAAACCGAAUGCCCCAUCAGGAAAGCCUAAUGUUUCACCAAAUAAACCGAAUGCUCCAUCAGGAAAGCCUAAUGUGCCAUCACGAAAACCAAAGGUUUCACCAGGAAAACCUAACGUUCCAUCACGGAUACCAAAAGUUUCACCAUCAAAACCAAAUGUCACACCAAAUAGACCAAAUGUUUCACCAAAAGAAAGACUUCAACCAGGUAUUACCCAGACAGUUUCUCCAGGAAAAACAAAACCACCAUAUGGUGCGGGAUAUGAUGCUGGCACAUACGAUGAUUAUCCGUCCAGUGAAAACAAUCAAGAAGACACUGGAAAUAGUUAUAAAUACGACUAUGGAGAUGAUUACAAAGAUAGACGUGGGCAAAAUAAAGGAGGACGUCGCAGAGGUCGUGGCAAUUAUGAUGACUACCACUACGACAGAAAUCCUCAAAGACCCAGAGCUAGAGGACCCUGGCAAAGAGGUGGAACUGCUCAAAGAGGAUAUCCAGGUCAAAGAAGAUAUCCGGGUCAAGGAGGAUAUCCGGGUCAAGGAGGAUAUCCAGGUCAAGGAGGAUUUCCAGGUCAAAGAGGUGGAUUUCCGGGUCAAGGAGGAUUUCCAGGUCAAGGAGGAUUUCCGGGUCGAGGAGGAUUUCCGGGUCAAGGAGGAUUUCCGGGUCAAGGAGGAUUUCCGGGUCAAGGAGGUGGAUUUCCAGGUCAAGGAGGAUUUCCAGGUCGAGGAGGAGCACCAGGUCGAGGGGGUGGAGUUUCUGGUCAAGGAGGUUUUCCAGGUCAAGGUGGAGCUGCCGGUCGGGGAGGAGUUCCUGGACAGGGAGGGCAUCCAGGGCAAGGAGGACAAACUGGACAGCAAAAUAAAGUACCAGAUCAACCAAUCGGUGGCUGCCAAAUAGCAUCUAGUGAUUGUGAUAAUAAAACAAUAAUAACAACAGCCCGGCAACAUAUUUCUUCCAUUUCGUCGACAACUGCAUUUCCAGCCAUAUUAGGGGCUUCGUGGUUUUUUCCACUUCUUAUUCUUGCUUGUAUUGCUGGAUUUUUACUAUGGUAUUUUUGUUGCAGUAAAAAAAUGAAAGAAAAAAAAUGUGCGAAGACCGUUCACAAAAAACAUUGCUGUGAAAAACCUGUGAUGGCUAUAAUGAAAUGUGAUAAUGGUGGACGAGAGAAGCAACAACAACCUGUUAGACCAGGCAAACCGGCGAAGGUAUUUUUUCACAAACGCAUUAUUCGCUGGCCUCGAAUAAAGUUUAUAAAUUUUCAUCAGCCGGCUUUUAACCUGGGAAGAUUCAAAGGGAAACCUUGGCGAAAAUUGCCCACCAUAUUCAAUUUUCGUCAUAAAAAAGAAUGUGAAAAUCCUCCUCUCUCUCCUCCUCUUCCAUGCGAUCCUUUCGCCAUGGCACCACCUCUGGCGCCACCCCCUGGAGGGUUUCUUGCCGGGCCUCGCCGUUUCCUCAAUAAACUUAGAUUAUUUUUUCAAAAACAGAAAUGCUAG